AUGGUUUGUGAUAAUUGUCAGAAAAAAAUUGGUACUGUUGCAACACAAGAAGUAUGGAAAAGUGGUUCUCGUAAUACAGUUGAAAGCGGUGGAAGAAGAUUAAAUGAAAAUAAAUUAUUAUCAGGAAAAUCUACUCGAUACAGUCCAUAUACAACAAAAUUUAGUAAAUGUAAAGUGUGCAAAGGUACAAUUCAUCAACCAGGAAGUACUUAUUGUCAAGGUUUAUCUUUAAUUCUAUUAAUUUCUAUGGAUUAA